AUGAAUUCCCACGAUGGCGUCAGCCCUGAUAUGUACCGGUCUAGCACUUGGAAGGGGAAUCGAAACGACGCCGUGGGAGCUACCUCGCGAAAACCUGAAAUUGGUUCUCUGUCCCACGCAGACUUCAUCGCCAUAUGGCUUAACGGUUUCGAACUCGCAAAAUAUCGCACCAAUCAGUCCAAGUCCCCCGCACACCCCGAGUGGCGAUGGCUUUGUCGAUCUGCCUCUUGGAGCAAAUCAGUGGGUACGCAGCAGGUGAGCAUCGUCGACCCAGACUGGUAUUUGGAGGCGCAAGAUCAGGAAGCUCUCUGUGUGUCGUGGCAAUCCCACGCUCGGGACAAUAAAGUUGAGAGGAGGGGCGCAAUGGUCAUCCACGGCGAGCGAGUAGCGGUGGCCUCCGUAUCGACGCCCAACAUCAACCAUUCUCCGGCUAACCAGCUCUGUUGA